AUGGCACUCGCUGAUGAUCUUAGUUUUGUUCAAAAUAUUUUAACUCGUUACAUCUUAACAAUAUGUUUUAUAUUUGGUAUUAUUGGAAAUUUAUUAAAUAUUAUUAUUUUUUGUCGAAAACAUCUUCGAAAGAAUUCCUGUUCAGUUUAUUUUAUAACUACAUCAAUAUUUAAUUUUCUUGUUAUGUGUUUUGGUAUUAUUCCUACAGUUGUAGCAUCUUAUUCAUCUUAUGAUUAUUCUUCAUAUUCAAUUAGCUAUUGCAAGUUUAAAGCAUACAUAGUUCAUGUUUUUUUAAUGAUAUCUCGUUCAAGUGUUGCUCUUGCUUGUGUCGAUCGAUUUGUAUUAUGUUCACCAAAUAUUAAUAUUCGUGUUCUUAAUCAACAUCGUGUAGCUAUACGAUUGAUAGUUAUAGUAUGUUUACUUUGGUUUAUUAUACCUAUUCAUAUGCUUGUUCAAGUUAAUAUUCAAAUGCCCGGAAGACGAUGUGGUGCCAUUGGUACUUAUUCAGUUGUAUACUCUAUUUAUGCAGCAGUCGUUACUACAAUACCUCUAAUAGUUAUGGUUGUAUUUUCAUCUUUAGCUAUUCAUCACUUAAAACACAUUCGAUCUCGUGUUCAUACAGAUACAUCACUAGCUAAUAUGAAUGUUCAACGUAGAGUACGAGUAAAAAAACGAGAUGCACAAUUUAUAAUAAUUUUAAUUGGUGAAGUAAUUAUUUAUUUUUUCUCAACAAUAUUAUUUCCAAUAUAUUCAAUGUAUACUGCGUUUACAUCUACAGUUGUAAAAGAUGCUGAUCGAACAGCUAUAGAAGGAUUUCUACGUUAUAUGGCACUUAGUUUUUUAAUUUAUGUGAAUUCAUCGUCAAUAUUUUAUAUUCAUCUUUUAGCUUCAAAAGCAUUUCGUCAAGAAUGUAAACAAUUAAUUUUACGAUUAUAUAGACGAGAACAAAAUAAUAAUGUAGCAAUGACAUUAGUUGGUAUAACAAAUACUAGAAAAUAA